UUUGGGGGAACUUUGUCAUGUCACUAUCAAAGCUUGCAGUCGGCACAUUCUGGCCAAUUGCAUGUCUCCCUUUCCCUUUCCCUCUGCUCAUUCGAUCAGCUCUUAAAUCUAAGAAAAUCCAAGUUUGAACGUGAGGGGUGAUCAGAACCAAAAUGGCCAAUCUCAGUAGUCCUGGAUUUAACCUCUUUUUGGUGUCUCUCUUGGUUACGUUGGUCCAAAUCCAAACCAAGGUGCAAUGCUACCAGUACAAAGUUGGAGAUCUAGAUUCCUGGGGGAUCCCCAUUUCACCAAGUUCACACCUCUACGACAAAUGGUCCAAAUAUCACAACCUCAGGAUCGGUGAUUCGCUUCUGUUUCUAUACCCACCAAGUCAAGAUUCAGUGAUUCAAGUAACAGCAGAAUCCUACAAGAGCUGCAACCUUAAAGAUCCGAUUUUGUACAUGAACAAUGGCAACUCCUUGUUCAACAUUACAUCAGAGGGGGACUUCUACUUCACAAGUGGAGAGGCUGGUCAUUGCCAAAAGAAUCAAAAGCUUCAUAUAACUGUGGGAGUUGGGGGAAACACGAACGCACUUGCUCCAACUUCAUUGCCUGAAAACGCAACCUCUUACCCAACUGUGUUUGGUAACAUUCCCAUGGCUCCUUCUAGUUCUAGGAGUACUUCUUCCUCACCUCACCGAACUUCAAAAUUUUCCCUCUUAAUUAUUGGAUUCUUCCUGUGUGCCCUGCUAUCUAGCCUAAUGUGACCACCGACAAGUAAAGAUAACUUAGAAAUAUACACGGUAAUACCGUUCUUGAGUUCUUUUUCUUUUUUCCAAGGCAAUGUAACUAUUUGUCAUGUAUUAGUACUUUUUUUUUUUCUUUUAAUUUAUCCAUUUUUUAUUAUUUUGGCA